AUGGUUCCUGGUGGAUUUUCGUUCAUCCAGGUACCUCGACCUAGCUCCCGGCGCGGUGGUGGUGUCGCUGUCGUCUUCAAGUCAACUACUGCUGCCACUCUUGUUGCCGACUCGCAGGCUUACGAUUCGUUCGAGCAUAUGGACGUUCGUCUCAAGUUUGGCACUCGAACCCUACGCCUGUUAGUUGUCUACCGUCCACCGAGGUGCUCGGAAAGUGAUUUCCUCCGUGAUUUCUCCCUUGUUCUAGAGAUACUCUUAGUUACCCGCGAUGACGUGCUGAUUGUUGGUGAUUUCAAUCUUCACGUUGACGAUGAACAUGACCAGUAUGGUCGUUCGUUCAUGUCUCUCAUUGACUCAUGUGGUCUGCAACAGCACGUUGUUGGCCCCACCCAUGAGCGCAGUGCCACGCACAAGCGCCACACUCUUGAUCUCGUCCUCUCUCGUCAGCGCAAUCAUCUUGUCUCCAAAGUGUGUGUUGGUCCCCGCGUUAUCAGUGAUCACCAUCCAGUGUUGUGUGUCCUCGACCUUCAUCCUCCUCGGUGGCUUACCAAGAAGCUCCUGACUCGCUCGCUGAAAUCUAUCGAUUGGGAUAAAUUUGCUACUGCGAUCGCCAACCUGCCUCUUCUCUCUGCGCCUUCCGACAACCUCGACGGACUUGUUGAGCAAUACAAUAAUGGUUUACGUGCAGUGCUUGAUCUUCAUGCUCCUGUCCGGACCCGAAUUGUAACUCUUCGGCCUGUCAACCGCUGGAUGACGUCUGAGAUUCUUGACGCUAAGACGAAGCUUCGUCAUUUGGAGCGCUGUUGGCGUUCUCGUCAGCUGGCGAUUGAUUUUGAAAUUUUCCAGACUCAUCUGCUCACCUACUCGGAGAUGCUCAAGGCUGCUCGAACUCUUUUUUUCUCCACUGAAGUCCGUCAGUGUCGAGGUGACAUGCGCGCAUUAUAUCGUCUCGUCGGUGACCUCAUGGGAUCAACGACCAAGCCAUCACUUCCCACUCGCUCGAGUGAUCAAGAAGUUGCAGACGACCUGAACCAGUUUUUCUGCUCCAAGGUCUCUGCUCUCACAUCGCGCUUUCACUCCGACACCGAUUCUCCUCGUUGCUCACCACGACCAGCUACCAGCUCCUUCGUCUCCACUCAUGGACACGACAUGCAGCUGCUCCGCUUUUUCCCGGUUUCGAGCGACGAUGUUACUAAACUCAUCAACUCUUCCAAAACGACGUCCUGCAGCCUUGAUCCUCUUCCCACACAACUGGUGAAAAAAUUUGUCCACCUUCUCGCUGGUCCGAUCUCUCUCAUCAUCAACUUAUCCAUCACUACUGGCUGCUUUCCUUCCACCUUGAAGCAUGCUGUCAUCACACCCCUCAUCAAGAAGCCUGGACUUGACCCUGAGGAUCUCGCCAACCAUCGGCCGAUUGCUGGACUCUCCUUUCUUUCGAAGCUGAUUGAACGUGUAGUCCACCGCCAACUCUCUACUCAUCUCGGGGCUUUCAACCUUCUUCCUGAUCGUCAGUCUGCCUAUCGCACAAAUUACUCCACUGAGACUGCGCUUCUUGGACUCUACAAUGACCUUCUCUGCACUGUCGACGCCGGUCAGGCCACUGCCGUUUGCUUCCUUGAUCUGACAGCUGCCUUUGAUAACAUCGAUCACACCAUUCUUCUCGACUCUCUUUCAACUCGUUGUGGCGUUGCAGCUGAUGCCUUACUCUGGUUUGCAUCUUACCUUUCUGGUCGCACCCAGUGUGUUCGUGUUGGUGACUGCUUCUCCUCGAGUGUUCCAGUUCCUUAUGGUGUUCCUCAAGGCUCUGUCAAUGGUGCAAUCCUUUUUAUUCUUCUAGUCUCUGCCCUUCCUGACCAAACCGAAACCGAUGGUGUCAUCAUUGAUCAAUAUUCUGAUGACACAAAUGGCCGAAUCACUUUCCAACUACACUCUAAAACCAACCAUUCUGGCCAACAGGCUGCUAUUGCAAACCUUAGUCACUGGACUUGUCGCACUGAUCGAUGGCUUUUUGAUCAACACGUCAUCCUCAACCUUUCUAAGUGUCUCUUCUUUUACGCCGUCUCCCCUCAUCAAGACCACAAACUUGCCCCUCUACCGUUGGAAAUGGGCUCCAGCAUUCUUCAACCGUCCGCUGAAGUCAAACACCUUGGCGUCACUUUUGAUUCUCAUCUUUUGAUGUCCUCCCACAUUCGCAAUGUUUGUCGGUCCUCCUUCUUUCACUUGUGGCAUAAAUCCGCUCAAUACCUGGAAGCCGCUCAACGACAUUCAUCAAGGGGAUCUAUCCCUGUAAUGGUUGAAGAACCUAAUAUCAUAUCUAAGCCGGAUGAUGAAAGUGAAGAUGGAAGUGAAGAAGAGAAUGAAAGAAAUAGCGUGGAGAGUGAAAGAUAA